GAGAUGAGACUGAGAUAGAAAACACAAGCAGAGAAGAAGAAGAAGAAGAGAAAGAAAGAAAUGAAAGAAAAGAUUGCUAUAUAGAACUAUAGAAAUUCACACCUGCUAUUCACACCACCAUGAUCAUAUAACCAGCUUUAACCCCUUUAUCCGAUUCUCUUCCUCCUUUCUUUUCAAGAAUUUAAAAGCCAUGGACGGUCAUUAUCCUCACCAUCUUCAUCAUCAGCAGCAACAAGAGCUUCAUCAGUUUCAGCUCCAACAUCAGUUUCAGGUGGUUCAGCAACCACAACAGCUCCUUCCUCCUCCGCCGCAUCAGCACCGGCAUCUCAGUCCUCCUCCGAUCACCGUCCACGUCGACGCCAGCGAUAGGUUUCCCCAAUGGAGUCUCCAGGAGACGAAGGAGCUAAUAACGAUCAGGGCGGAGCUGGAUCAGACGUUCAUGGAGACCAAACGAAACAAGCAGCUUUGGGAAGUGAUAGCGACCCAGAUGAAGGACAAGGGCCACAACCGCAGCGCCGAGCAGUGCAAGUGCAAAUGGAAGAACCUCGUCACCCGCUACAAGGGUUGUGAGACUGCUGAGGCGGAGACCAUGAGGCAGCAGUUCCCCUUCUUCAAUGACCUGGCGACAAUUAUGGUUGCCAGAGAGCAGAGGCUGCCAUGGACAGAAGCUGACGGCAAUGGAGGUGCAAGCGGGUCGAAGAAGAAAGCAGCGGCUGUUGCGGUUUCCUCUGACGAAGAUGACGAGGAUCACGAGGACAGCGAGGAGGCUGGGGAGAAGGGAAUCACCUCAGCGAGGAAGAAGAAGAAGGUAAUGAAAACGGGCAACAUUGGAAGCAGCAGCACUGGGAUGGGUCUGGGUGGCAACAAUGUGAAGGAGAUAUUGGAAGACUUCAUGAGGCAACAGCUUCAGCUAGACAUGCAAUGGCGAGAUGAGUUUCAGGCCAGGGAGAACGAGAGGCGGAUGAGGGAGUACGAGUGGAGGCAGACAAUGGAGGCUAUUGAGAAUGAGAGGCUGAUGGCGGAGAGGGAAUGGAGGGAGAGAGAAGAGCGAAGGAGGAUGAGAGAGGAAGCUAGGGCUGAGAAGCGGGAUGCUAUCCUCACUGCUUUGCUAGACAGGCUUAAUAGAGGGGGCAUGUAAACAGCUUUAGCUUGGAGUAAGAGAUCGGCUUAAUUCGUAGUUGUUCUCAUCAAUUAGCUAGCUAGCAUGUAGAAGUUAGAAAGAACUCUCAUUUGGGAUUAAUGUGCUGGUUUCAAAUGGAUUUCAUACACAUCUUUAAAAUUCAAUGAAUCUCUUUAUUAGUUCCUUAAAUUGCUUUUCUUAGAAUCUGUUUCAAUUCCAUGAUUGAUCGAUGUCGAUUCUUGCAUCAGAUUAUGUGUAAGGUUUUCUCAAUAGGCUCUAUUUCAUGCAGUAGGAUCCUUUGUUGAU